AUGAGUGCCAAAAUCCCGCGCAACUUCCGUCUUCUGGAAGAGCUCGAGAAGGGCGAGAAAGGAAUGGGAGCCGAGGCUUGCAGCUAUGGCUUGGACAACCCGGAAGAUCUGUUGAUGUCUGACUGGAACGGCACAAUCCUCGGCCCUCCUCACAGCGUGCACGAGAACAGAAUCUAUUCGGUCAAAAUGCACUGCGGCCCCCAAUACCCCGACACGCCUCCCACCAUCAAGUUCGUCAGCAAGGUCAAUCUUCCCUGCGUCAAUGCGCGAAACGGUGUUGUCGACCAGUCGCAACUUCCUUGCCUGGCCAAUUGGAAGAGAGAGAACACCAUGGAGACAAUUCUCAUUGAGCUCCGACGUUACAUGGCUUCUAGUCAGUGUAAGAAGCUGGCACAACCGUCGGAAGGAUCGGUGUUCGAGGGCAACUAG